AUGUUAAGAAAACUUCAAAAAGAGUUAGAUUAGUUAAACAAAAAAUAAGAAAAAACACAAUCUUCUAUUAACAACUUGUUUUUUUCAGUUGAAGAAAUUUAUUUAAGAUAAUUUAGAAUUAAUCAUCCAAUCUUACCAAAUCCAAAUUUAAUUAUCAGAGUAAGGCCAGAGAUAAUUAAUUUUAUCUUUGCUUUUUUAGACUACUCUUCUUUUUUGUAAUUUAGAUUAGUUAGCUAGAAUACAAAUAAUUAAAUAUUAUAUCUACUAUCUUUAAAAUUAAAUAAAAUACAGCAAUAAUAAAAUAUUAAAUAACUUGAAUUAAAUGAAAUUAUAGAAAACCAUCCAGAAUUAGGAGAAUAAACAGAAUCUUUAUUACUUUAAUAUCAACUAUCUUUAGAUGAUUUAAAGAAAAUAAGAAGGCAAGAUAUUUGUGAAUUGUCCUGUAUUAGAGUUCCUCCACCAAUAAUUGAAACAGUUUUAAACUUAUUAAAAAUUUUAUUAACAUAGAAUAAUGUUGAAUAAUAAGAUAAUUGGCAUCAAUAUUUGAGAGUUCUAAAUGAUUGUCAAUUUCUCAAUUAGCUUCUAAAUUUUGAUAUACUAUCAAUUACUGAUGAUAAAUUAAAGCUUCUUCAACAAAUUACUACUAUGGAAGAAAGAUUUAUUUAUUCAUCAUCAUUAUUUGCAUACUAUAUAUUUAAAUAUAUCCGAACAGUUGUGAUGUUAAGACAGGAACCAUAGUACAAAAUUAUUUUCUAAAUUGGAUUAAUGAGAAAAGAUGUAGCUAAAUUAUAACGAUCUGUUGAUAAGUUAUAAAAAAUUCUUGGAUGAG